CGGAAAUACGUCACAACACGGAAGUACAUUCGAUCGCGACCCCCGGUUGGGUUCACGGGGACUUUAAUUACAGUUAAACAUGUCAUAUAUUUAAGGAAUAUAACUCAAUUUUCAUGGAUUAUUACACUAACAAGUAUUCGUCAACAUUGGUUGAACAGAUGUCAGCAGCAGAGAAACAGCGGAGAUACAGGGCUCGACGAGAUGCUGAUCCCUACAGAAGAGAACAGUAUUUACAAAAGCAGAGAGACGCACGGGACAAGCUAAUAAAGCAAGGUAAAGUCAAAUCCAUUUUAGAGUUAAAUGAGAGAGAGAAACAAAGCAGAAGAGACGGAUGGAGGAAAGCCCAGCAGAGAAGACGACAGAGAAAGAAAAUGCUAGAACUCAGAGUUACUCCGAAAGAAGAAGACAACCAAGAUCUGUUAUGGAGCCACCUGCAGAAUCAAAGUGAAAGGUUAAAUAUCAUGUUAAUCAGUCGAAUGGCCUCUGUUAUUACAGUGAAGACAGAAAAGCGUCCUUUACUGGAAACUGAGGAUGGCGACACUGUGGCUAAGAAGGCCAGGAAGUUGUUGCCCAGCCUGAAGACCAAGCGAGCGCCUGAGCUUGUGCUGGUGAUUGGGACUGGGGUGAGCUCAGCCGUAGCUCCUCAGGUUCCUGCUCUGCGCUCUUGGAAAGGUUUGAUCCAGGCGCUCCUGGAUGCGGCCAAUGACUUCGAUUUGCUCGAAGAGGAAGAGAGUCGCCGCUUCCAGAAAAGUCUGCAGGAGGACAAGAACCUGGUGCACGUUGCUCAUGACCUCAUUCAGAAACUAUCACCGCGGACGGGAAAUGUACGAUCCACUUUUUUUAAAGACUGCCUCUACGAAGUGUUCGAUGACCUGGAAUGUAAGAUGGAGAACGCUGGCAAGCAUCUCCUCCGCUCAGUGUUGCAGCUGAUGGAGAGCGGAGCUCUUGUCCUCACCACCAACUUUGACAACCUGCUCGAGAUCUAUGCUGCUCACCAAGGGACCAAGCUGGAGUCUCUGGAUCUCACAGAUGAGAAGAAGGUUCUGGAGUGGGCUCAGGAGAAGAGACGGCUAAGCGUCCUCCACAUUCACGGUGUUUACACAAACCCCAGCGGCAUCGUACUGCAUCCUGCAGGCUACCAGAACGUUCUGAGGAACACGGAAGUCAUGAGGGAAAUCCAGAAACUCUACGAAACCAAGUCGUUUGUGUUCCUGGGCUGUGGGAGGACGGUGGACGACACCACCUUCCAGGCCCUGUUCCUCGAGGCGGUGAAGCACAAGUCUGACCUUGAACAUUUCAUGCUGGUGCGGCGAGAGGACGUGGGAGAGUUCAAAAAGCUUCGCGAUAACAUGCUUGACAAGGGCAUUAAGGUCAUCUCGUAUGGAAACGAAUACUCCGACCUGCCGGAAUACUUUGAGCGGCUGGCCAACGAGAUCUGCAAUCGGGACAUGGAGCGGGAGGCGGUAACCAACGGUUGGGGAUCGCCCAUCUCAAACGAUGAAGAAAGCCAAAAUGGUUUUACAACCCAGAAUCUCCUGAAAGUGCAUGCUUCUAGAACGAUUAAACCAUAGACUUGAACGCUGGAAACAUGCCACUUUUGUUUUUCUCUAACUACUCUUUUAUGCACCUCUGCGCCUGAACCCAAUUUGCACUGUGGCUUCCUAUGACGAAAUCAUCUGCCAUCUGUUGUAAUAAGAUCUUCCUCUCUUCCCGUCCAGACUAUCACUCGUGACACAAGUGGCAGUCUGAGAACGUUUCCACAGCUCCGGUUCAGUUCCCCGUCUGGUCUGGUCUGGUCUGACUAGAUCUACACGCACAACAGACUUUCAUUUCACUGUAUGUAAAGUGAUGUCAUUAGUCUUGUCCCUCGUAAGGAAGGGCAUAGCGAAAACAUCACCAAGCAAACUGUGAACCCCGUUUCAAAGAUGUGUGUGUUUGGAAAAGGAUGUUAUUAGAUUUUUUUAUGUUAUGUGCAGGAAUGAUCUUAAACAUCAGACAACUGACAAUUUACCUGAUAUAUGGUUAAUGGGUGAGUCUCAUAAACUACUAGAAACAUGCCUGGGCCAUAUACAACUCAAACUAGUGAGCCAGUUUCUUGGUGUGUGACAUUAUUUAAGCACGCACAUGUUUAUGACUAGAUUACAUUUUUAUAGCGCAGUAGCAUUACAAAGCAUUAUCCUAUGGUUGGUUCAGUUUUUUUUUUUGUUAUACACUGAAUAUUUUGUGAGAUUCACCCCGUUAGUAAAUCUAAUCUUUUGUUAGAAAUGCAGUUUAUGCCCUGUCAGGAUGACUUUAAAUGCAUGUGAUUCUCAGGCUAUAUUGAGAAGCUUCUCCUGUAUCUAUAUGUAAUGGUCACAGGACAAAAAAAAAUUGGUAAUCUUGUCUUACCAAAGCCAACAUUUUUAUGAAAGAUAUACAUUUUAUUGCACUUUGAGUUAUUUAUCAUUCACAUUUUGGAAAAGCCACUUGAAAGAUAUGUAAACAGUUGUUUAUAAACCUUUUGUAUUUUUUAAUACAGUGGGCCGCUGUUGUAUCAUCUCUGUCCAGAAAUGUCUUUGGUAUUUAUAUGUUAUUUUAAAAUAAAUCAUCUGUUUGAUACCAAA